UCAUUUUGUGUCUCUCUGCUCUCUAGCCAGUCGUCCUGGUCCUGCUUGGAGAGAGGCGACGACGACAUCAGAAGCACGGCAUUAAGGGGAACACCAUGCAUCGUGUGCUGUCAAGACGAGUGGACGCUCACAUUUUUUCGCUUUGUUGUUUUUGAUUUGCGUUAUUUUUGUUGCGUCUUUUCUUUCUUUCCUCCCCUCCUCCUCCUUUUCACCCAAUCUCUGACGCGCAAGGACACUACAGCAUCCAUCCACGGCAGAAACGCUCGCAUAGAGCAUCCUCUGUAUAGACGCACCAACCAUCCUCCUCCUUCCUUCCUCCCACUCUCCUGCUCUUCUCUUUUGUCGUUCUGUUCUAACCCAGAGGACAUCGGGACCUCUUCUAUUUCCCCACUUUGCCCGGAGACAUGGAUCUAUGGUUUCAUUCGAUCCGGAUUUGCUGGUGGAGGGUUUUGUUUCUGAUGAGUAUUUUCCAGGACUAUCUGAGCUCCAUGCUGGACUGCCCGCCGACCUGCAGCUGCUCACAAACAGAGAUCUUUUGCAAUAAGUCCGACAACGGCAGGUUUUUCCCUUUACUCGCCCUGCAAGAUACUGGGAGCAAUGGGACCAGCGUUGACAUAGCGGAGUUAUUCAAAAACAUCACCUCUAUACAUAUAGAGAACUGGACAGGAUUGCAGACUCUGAGAGACGUCGAUAUGGAGCUCUACACUGGACUACAGAAGCUAACUAUCAUGAAUUGUAACCUGAAGUCUAUCCAGCCUCGAGCGUUUGCUCAGAACCCGCACCUAAGCACCAUAAACUUGUCAAAGAAUCCUCUCACCACUCUGUCAUGGCAGCUCUUCCAGCACCUCCAACUCCAAGAGCUGCGUCUGGAUGGUGUGGUGUUCGACUGCGGCUGUGACAUCCGUUGGAUCCAGUUGUGGCAUCAAAGAGGAGAAGCAAAGCUUAACACACAGCAGUUGUACUGCAGGAAUGGAGCCUCCAAGAUACGACUGGAGAACAUGUACAUCCACAACUGUGACUUACCAGAGAUCAGUGUGAGCCACAGCAGUGUUUUGGUGAUGGAGGGUGACAAUGUGACGGUGAGCUGUAACGGAUCCGGAUCACCGCUGCCUGAAGUAGACUGGACUGUCAGCGGCCUGCAUUCCAUCAACACACAUCUGUCAAACGUAUAUUGGCCCAACAUCCACUCUAUCAACCUCACUCUUUUCAACAUCAGCCGAGAUGACAACAACUUCCAGCUGACCUGCAUCGCAGAGAACGUGGUGGGGAUGACCAAUUCUUCCAUCCAGCUCAACGUACAGUUUCCUCCAGUCAUCCUGAGACUGGCUGAGCCUGAGCAGCGGCUUGAUACCUGCAUUGAAUUCACGGUUCGGGGUUACCCCCAGCCCCAGCUGCGCUGGUUCCACAAACAGAAGGAAAUUAUUAAAAAUGACUACAUCCGGACCGAAAUGGACUUCUACCAGGACUAUCUCGAGGGCUGUCUGACCUUCCAGAACCCAACUCACAUCAACAAUGGCAACUAUACCCUGGAGGCCAGCAACGCUCUGGGAACGGUCACCAAGACGGUGUAUGGUCACUUCCUCGAGAACCCCGAUGAGCCAGACCCGGUGGAAGAAGUUACGCCGCCACAUCCAAGACCACCAGACGAAGAUACAUUUGGGGUUUCCAUUGCUGUGGGUUUGGCGGGCUUUGCUUGCGUCCUCCUCCUAGUCCUUUUUGUUCUCAUCAACAAAUACGGCCGGCGCUCCAAAUUCGGUAUGAAAGGACCAGUAGCUGUAAUCAGUGGUGAGGAAGACUCUGCUAGCCCUCUUCACCAUGUCAACCACGGGAUUAUUACCCCCUGUACUCUGGAUGCGAGUCCUGAUGCGGUUGUCAUAGGGAUGACUCGUAUUCCUGUAGUGGAGAACCCUCAGUACUUUAGACAUGGACACAACUGCAACAAGCCAGCCACCCUUGUCCAGCAUAUAAAGCGGAGAGACAUCAUCCUGAAAAGAGAGCUGGGCGAGGGAGCCUUCGGUAAAGUCUUCUUGGCAGAAUGUUACAACCUCAGUCCCACUAAGGACAAGAUGCUGGUGGCCGUUAAGACUCUUAAAGAUCCCAACCUGUCAGCCAGGAAGGACUUCCAGAGAGAGGCCGAGCUGCUGACCAACCUGCAGCAUGACCACAUUGUUAAGUUUUAUGGCGUGUGCGUAGAUGGAGACCCUCUCAUUAUGGUGUUCGAAUACAUGAAACAUGGAGACCUCAACAAAUUCCUCAGAGCCCACGGCCCAGAUGCCAUGAUCCUGGUAGAUGGCCAGCCACUGCAGUCCAACGGAGAGCUGGGCCUUUCCCAGAUGCUGCACAUUGCCACCCAGAUUGCCUCAGGCAUGGUAUACCUGGCCUCCCAGCACUUUGUGCACAGAGAUCUGGCUACCCGCAACUGCCUGGUGGGCAACGGCCUGCUGGUGAAGAUUGGAGACUUCGGCAUGUCCAGGGACAUCUACAGCAGUGACUACUACAGGGUUGGAGGACACACCAUGCUACCUAUUCGCUGGAUGCCCCCAGAGAGCAUCAUGUACAGGAAGUUCUCCACGGAAAGCGAUGUCUGGAGCUUUGGAGUCAUUCUGUGGGAGAUCUUUACCUAUGGGAAGCAGCCUUGGUUUCAGCUGGGUAACAACGAGGUCAUUGAGUGCAUAACCCAGGGUCGGGUUCUGGAGAGGCCACGGAUUUGUCCUAAGGAGGUUUAUGACAUCAUGCUAGGCUGCUGGCAGCGGGAACCACAGCAGCGACUGAACAUUAAGGACAUUCAGAAGGUCCUGUUCGCCAUGGGAAAAGCCACGCCGGUCUACCUGGACAUCCUGGGCUAGCAGUGGCCCGUGAGUGGCCUCGCCAGACGCAAAGAUCGACAGAGACAUACAGACAGAACGACCCACAUGGAUCCAGGAAUAACCAAACCAACCUGCUUCACUGUCGAAAAAACACCUGCAUUGUUUGGGAAGGACUUAAGUGCCUGCAACACUUUUGGAUAUAGUGGAUAAAACGUAUUCAAAAAACACGCACUUUUACAUUUUGUUUACUUGUGUAUAAGAUGUACAGGUUUGAAGAAGACUUCUUUUUUUUUUUUUUUUUUUUCCUUGAAAAACUGCAAAAAUACACAAAAAUGGAGACCGAAAGGAAAGUGGACUGGCAGUAGGAAGGGGCCGCAAUUUCAUUAUAUUGUGGAGAGAAGACAUCAGAGUUCAAAUCUAUCCUAGGUUUGGUUUUAUGAAUAUAUAUAGAAAUAUUACAUAUAUUUUAUAUUUAUUUCUUUUUGUCAAGGUGUUGAAGGGUCUCCCAUGUGUGUUGCUAAGGGCUUGGCCCUGUCUGAAGACGCCACCGACAAACUAUUGGCAGGGACUUGACGUUGGAAGCCUUACUUGCACUCUGAUUGGCUGGCUCUGAGCUCAUAAAGGGAGCUCUUUGGAAUAACACUGGAUGGUUGGAAAAUAGCAGCGCUCUGUAGAGGACCUACCCAAUCAGACAACUGACAAAUCUAUUUUAAUUUAAAGAUAAUGUACAUAUUGUAAAAUUCUAUGUGUCAGAAUUAUGUUAACUUAUUUUUUCCGAUGUUACUUUGAUUCCUUUUCUGACUGUGAUCUGGGUGGCUAAAGUAUAAAGCUAUGGUAUUUGUUUUCAUCCUAAUCCAGAGGAGAUUUCCUUGGGAAUUACUCGUGUCAGUGCUGGUUGUCUAAUGUGGUGAAGGUGAAUGCCAGUGAAUACAAUGCGAAAAGCCCACUGACACCGAAUCAAAGAGACUUUGGCGAACGUGGGAUGACUCAGAGCCAUGGUUCAACAUGACACUUUCCAAAGAGGUGAUGAAACCUCAGAUUCACGUUCCUUUUCAUUUGCUUUUUAUGGCAAGAAUUAUAAGUUGGUUAGUAAUAUCUCACGCCUCAGCCCUCAAAUACACAUACACACGCUUUGUCAUAUUCAAGCUUUUUGAUGUAAAACUGCUUAAAAAAACAGCGUUUUUGUAGCUUUGAGUGUAUUCUUCAUUUGUGAGUCGCGGGGUUGUUGUCUUGAAUUAAACAGCCUAUUGUAUGUGUUAAAGGAACUAUUUGACAUUUUGACCAAUAUGAUUGCUUUCUUGCUGAGAGUUAUAACAAAUGCAGCUUUUAUAUCUUAUUUUUUAAUAUGUGGCUACAGGUUUCAGCACAUAGUCAGCUCAGCUUAGUAAAAAAAGCAUCAGCUAGUUAAGCUUUUUUUUUUUUUUAAACUUGUUGAAAAGCACAUUGACAUUUUAACUAACACGUAUAUUUAUCCUGAUAGAGCUUAUAUGUAGCUUUGUGAAUAAUAAGUAAUGUUUUAACUGAAAAAUAAUUAUAUAAAAAGCUUUUUCUUUUAAAUCGAAUAUUAUUAAUUCAGUUUCUGUUCUGCUCUGAAUUUUAUUGUUAGGCCUAUUUCAGAUUUUUUUUUAUUCAAUCAUGAAAUUGUAAUGGAAAACCUGCCAAGUAAUUUUUAUGUCCCAAUUUAAGCCAAAUAUACCCAAAACUGCUACUGAUUUACGAAAAGGAAAAAACUGCUAGAGUGAGUAGCCAAUAAGAAACAAUUAAAACGGUGAACCCCAAACGUCAGACCACUCACACUCAGAUUAAAAUGUUAAAAUCUUAUGCAUGAUCACAUCUCUGGUCAUUACACAAGUAGAACAUUCAACAUUUCAUUUCCAUUUUCAUGGAUAACUUUUGAUAUUUGUUGAACGUUAUUCUCCAUAAACAGCUUCAUUUUCAAAAUUAAGUUCUUUCAACUAAUAAGAUAUAAGAAGCAUCCAGGAUUAGAAAGAGGUCAGAAAUGAAGAAUAAUAGCAAACCCAAGUUUUAAAAAAAUCCUUAACAAAUUCAAAAGAAAAACUUUAAUAGAAAAAUCAACUUGAGUUUGUCACCAAUCCCUUAGAUUAAAACCAGAAGGAUUAUUAUUUGAGUUAGCCUAUAUAACAGCACUUUAUCGGAUAAGUUUAUAGAGUAGGAUUAAGUACUUUGUCCACAUGUAAACACCCUGGAAGCUGUUUUUCACAAACUCAAUUCUCCUAAAAUUGCCAUUUAGAAAACACAUCCAGUAUCUUUACGGUCGAUACUUUGUGAAUCCAGUGAUUAGACCUAUUUUUUAUGCUUUUAACGAUAAAUUUAGUUGUUUAGCUUAUUUACAUAUUAACAUAUUAAGUAUGUUCAACAUUCAUGUUAUAGCUGCAAAAACAGAUUUUUUUUAAAGAGUCAGUUAAAGCCAUAGCUAGAGUUUUGAUUGAUAAACAUCAGUACUUUUGAAGACUUUACAAACUUGAAAAUGUAAGUAAUAGCCAUGCUGCUUUGCUAGUAAAUUUCUGUAGACUGUACCAAUGUUCCUUACAUUGUAACAAAUUUUAAAAUUUAAGCUCAAAAGGUUUUAACAUAUGUGUCAUAAAAUGUGACACAUUUCUCAAAAAUACAGUUCGGUGGAAUAAGCUAAUUGGGUAAGCUACACUGGACAUGGAGGGUUAGCUAGCUUUGGUUUCUUAUGUCUUGAUUGUGUUAAACUGAGGUUACUGGCCAACUUUCUUUCUCCCCACACUGAAGUGCAUUUUCAGAUGUUGGGAAGCUAAUUUUGUUGCAAACAGCUAUUCCCUAUUUCCAGCGUUUGAGCCAGGCGAAACUCACAAGCUGUUGGUGCUAGCUAUACAUUGUCAAUGCCGAUAUGAGAGCUGCAUUGAUCUUAUCAUCUAACGCUCAGCAAGAAAGCAAAAUAGGAUAUUUUCCCCAAUGUAGACCUCUUAUUUUAAAGUAUUAUAGGUUGAUGUCCUCAGGAUCCUAUCACUAUACACGCUGUUAAAAGAAACACAUUGCAUUUUUAUUACUAUUAUCAUGAUUUCUCUUCCAUCAGCUGCACAAGAAUGAUGUUGGCUGAUUAGAAAAACACUCCUGUUACAAUUACAGAGACGUGGCUGCAGCAGGCGGAUACUUGUCUUAAUUUUUGGGCUGUACACAAAAAAUAAUAACCACUGAAGUGGGUCAGCUAAUUGUGUGGUAUCAUUGCAGUUUUUAAAAAUAAUUACAGUAUUAACUUAAAGAGAAAUAUGAAGAGUUUUGUUCUAAAAUCCAAUUCGACUCAAAACCUACAACCAAAUAGAUAUUACUUUUGAAAAAUCUCAUAAUUAAGUGCUCAGUUGGCAAAAUGAGUUAUUUCUUUCAGAGUGGAUCCUGAAGCAUUCUCACACACUGAAUGAUAAACCUCAGGCAACUAUUUUAUUUCAUGUUGUAUCUGGAUAUAGAGUGGUUUACAAAGGAGCUCUUCACAUCUCUUCCUUAUUAUCUUGACAUGAAUUCUCACAGUAUCACAAUGUUGUCUCUGUUUCCCUUGGGACUGUGUAAAUCAUUAAUGAGCAUUUGGUUAUUUCGAGUAUUUUGUAUGAAAGGCGAGAUCCAGUCCAUUGAGUUACCCAAAGCAUUGAGUUUUUGUGUAUUCUCUUGUGGUAAAGAUAAACGCUUAAAGACAUUAUGACACAGACCGUGAGCGUUUGCAGGGUAUUGUAAUCCUUUCAUGGUGAGUUGAAUAUUCUUUAAAAAGUCUUUUUUUUUUUUCUUGGAUGAACUAACUGAACACUUUUUGAAGCAAAGUUGGCAUAUUACCAUGUACACAUGUUACAGAAUAUUAAAAUGUGGUAUAACAUCUACAGUAUAUAAAAUACUGGUAUUCCAUGAUAGAUCUUUGUAUUAAUGUGACUCUCUUAAGAAAAUGUCUUCAAACAAUCA